AUAUCAAAACGACGAAGAAGACUUCUCCCGUCCUACUCUUCAGUUGUCGACGUCCUCCCGCUCUUUUGUUUAGUUGGUUUAAAACUGCAAGUGGUUUGGAAAGUAUUUGUUAACUAACGUAGUUUUAUAGGCGGAGGGAGUCGCAGUUUGUUGUGUUUGCUUUUGCAAACAGCACGAAAAACAGAACAUCAAGAUCUUCUGGCCAGCUUCGUUGUGGCCCCACUGUCACACCACAAUGAUCACCAGAAGAAGAGGCCGCACUGUGAGCAACGCAGAGAUGCAGCCAUUGGAGGUUGAAGUAGUAGACGUUGUGGAAACUGUGGAAGAUCUCUCAGCACCAUCUGAGGAGUUCCCUGCCGAUGAUACAGAUUCUGCUGGAAUUGAGUUUGAUGACCUGCUUGAUGAUUUGAAAUGGACACUUGAAACAGACAAUUCAUCCCCUCUCUUUGAUAUGGACAUGGCUGAUCUUGGUGUCUACAAAAGCCACAACUCUGGCACUGGAGUUUCAGCUUCUUCAUCUCCAGAGAGAAUAUCAUCUAACUCAAGGAUGAAGAACAGACAAAACCAGUCGAGCCAUGUCAAUAAAAAUGCCAUCGCUGCCAGACGGAAUCGUCUGAAGAAGAAAGAAUAUGUUAACAGCCUGGAGAAGAGCGUUGAUGUCCUGUCAACAGAAAAUACUGCGCUCAAACAGGAGAAUUCUCAGCUGACUAAGAGGGUAGAAGAAUUGGAAGAUGAGACCAGGUACCUGAAGGCUGUGUUGGCUAAUGAGAGCAUGUUAGCCCAGCUCUUAUCCAGGCUUAGUGGUGUGAAUGGGAUGAAAUUAUCUUCCUCGCUUUUCCAGGGGCCCAGCUCAAACGAACAUGACUAUGCGCUGCCCAGGAAGCGGGUGAAAGUGGAAGAGAAAGAGACCUCUGGUGGCGUGUGCCUGCAUGUAGACAGGAACCAUGUCUCAGUGGAGUUCUGCACUAAAUGUGCAGCAAGUGCAAGCACAUCGCUCAAAAUGUAGGGUCAAGUACUUCUCUCUGUUUUCUGAUAUUGACACUGAACCGAGGUGGAUGAACAUUGAAUUAGUUAAAAUUGCAUAAGAACUGCAGAAUAUGCAUGUUUUUGUGAUGAUGGAAUACGUACACGUUACUGCUAAACCUUGUUGACAGUUUCUUCUAGGUAAUGGUUGCUCCACCAUGAGCGGGAUGAGUGGCUUUCUGAACACCUUUACCUGCUUGACUCCAUGUGGAUUCUGCUGAUGGAAGGUGAAGAGGCUGGACAAGCUGCUGCCAACGUGGCCUGGUAUAUUUUUUAAAGGUAGUAUUGGUAAUAAAUGGUAUAUGUGAUUUUUAUUUUUUCCAUCACUCUGCAACAUCUGUAGCUGUUGAUCCUGUUAUGGCUCAAGCAGCAUCUUCUGGGCUGAAUGCACCUGCUCCAUUACUCAGAGCAAUACUACCAGAGGCUGUAAAGUCCCAUUAUGUUUUGUGUAUAUUUGAAUGUACAUUAACUACACACACACUGCUGUGACAAAGAAGUUUCAAGUCUUGAUCAUAUGUAAUAAAUUGUAAAUGUUUAAUUUUGAAUAUAUACUGUUUGAAGUAAAUGGCCUUUCAGAAGUGUUGGACAAAUAAAUCAAAUUUAUUACGUUUAAGUAACAAA